AUGGGCGCCGAACGGGAGGCGAGGGCCUGCGCCGCCUUCUACGGCACACGGGACCUCGCCCCCACAGUGCUCUCCUGCCUGCGCUGCCUGCGGCACUUCGCUGGGAGUACUGCCAAGAGAUGCAAAGAGAAGCACCUGGAGGAGGCCCUCCAGCUGACACGGGUGCUGAGCGAGGGUCUUCAGGCACUGGGUGAGGCAGAGGCACGACCCCUGCUCCGCUGUGUCCUGGCUUUCCAGAUGGAGGCAACCAGUAGCUCCAGCUCCUUCCAGAAACUGGAACAGAUGGUGACCCAGCUGGCAGUGGGGAAGGAAGGCCUGUUGGCCCAGGAGGUGAACACGCUGCUGGCUGGCCUGGCACUGCAGGGAGAGGUGCUCUCUCCUGGAGACCUUCAGUCAGUGUCCAUGUUCUUGGAGGAGAGCAGCCUGGGCCGGCAGCACUGGCGGCAGAACCUGGCCUCGCUGCUGCAGCGCCUGGCCACCACCCUGCGCUGGGUGCUGCAGGGCCAGCCCGCGCCUGGCAGCACGUGGGGCUACCUGGGAUGUAACGCAUCGACCUGCUUUGAACGGCCGUUCCCGAGGCAUUGCUGCUUUUCCAGAGGUAAGGAAUACUGAUUAUCCCUGUGGCACUUCCUGCUCCUCCAGGCCUGCCUCCAGGUCUUCCAGGCACUGCCAAAGGACGUGGCUCCCCUAGUGUGGAGCACAACAGGAAAGAGUGAGACCCUGCAGAGCCUCUUGGGACUGCUGCUGGAGGUGGUUUGGGGGAAGGCCCUGAACAAGGACACGAGGCUGCUGGCAGGCACAGCCCUGAGCAUGUUGGUGAACACGGCCCCGCAGCCCCAGUAUGGGGCCAGUGCUGUGCUGACCCUGUUCCAGCUCCCCAGCCAAGCAGGCACUGGGGAGCUGAAGUUUGGGGAGCUGGUGGUGGAAGUGCCCCCUGUCCUGGAACCAGAUGGGCUGGAGAAGCUGGUUCUCACCAGAGGUUUGCUGACGUGCUGCAAGAUGGACAUCCUCAGCUGCCAACUGGAGGGCUUCCCCCACAAGGCCUGCCUGCUGCUGGACAUGGUCUUUCCUGCUGUGUGUGCCCUGAUCAGGGAGCAGAAGGACUGCCACUACUACUGCUUCCAAGCCUGUGCACUGUGGCUGCAGCGCCUGCGGGAGGGCCUGGCUGCUCUCUGGCACCUGACAGGGACCCACAUCCUGGCCCAGGACACCAAGCUCCUCCAGGAGGUCAGCCAGCUGCUGUGGAACAAUGCAGAGACCCCGGUGGAGGGUGUGUCUGAGUUCAUCCACAGCUCCUUCCGAUUGCUCCUGGAGAUCUACCACCUGGAGUGCCAGCACUUCCAGGACCAGGAGAGACCCCUCUACCAACAGAUGCUGCAUAGGGUGGUCUCAAUGCCAUGGCAGAUCAAAGCAAGAUAUGUGCCCCUGUGUACCAUCGUCCCCUACAUGGGCAGCCAGCAGGUGCUGGAUGCCUACCCAGACCUGCCACAGCAUCUCCUGAGCUGCCUCUCCACCAACCACCUGUGUCCUGCUGCUGCUGAGGUCUACAAGGUCCUGGUGCAGCAGCAGUGCAGUGAGUGGUGGGGUGGGCAGCAGGGCACAGAGGUGGCCCUGGCAGAGCAGUGGGCACAGCGCUGGCUCCCCCUGCUCUCCCAGGCCCUCUGCUCUCCCCUGCCCAUCCUACAGAGCAACACUGCCAACCACCUCCUUACCUGGACCCUGCGGCAGCUCCCGGCCACCCAGGCACUGCUAGCAGCCCAGUUUGGUGGCCAGGACACGAUGUCACUCCGGGCUUGGGUGUCACUGCUGAAGGCACAGAAGAGUGUGGCAGGGGCCCUGCCGCUGGGGGAUGAGGCGCUGGAGAGGCUCUCCCGCUGCCUGGGCACCCACGAGGAGGGCGUUCGGCUGGCAGCACUGGGUCUGCUCUGCUGCAGCCCCAACACCAACCAGCCCCUCUCGGGCACCGAGAUGCAGCUGCUGCAGGAGUUCCUGCCCCUCAACCUCAACUGUGACUCCUCCUCGUUCCGGCAGCUGCUGCAGGCAGCGGUGAGGAAGGCGCUGGUCCGGCUGCGGGACAGCUCGCUGGCCCAGCUGCGGGGGAAGGCACCGCAACGGUCCGGGCUGGCUGGGGGAGCUGAGCAGCUCACCCUGGCAGUAGGCUUUGUGGAAUGGCUGCUGCAGCUCAGCAUCACCUCACUCAGCCCAGGCUCCAACUACCAGAGGAAGAAGACAGCUCUGCUCCUUCUGGCAGCUGUUUUGGAGACCUGCACAGACACCUGGAGCCCUGACAGGAAGAAAGGCCAGCCCCCACGGACCAUGGCCACACUGCUGAGCUAUGCCAGGCAGAGCGGCUGCUGGGACUUCUUCUCCCAGCCCAAUUUGUUGGCACUGCUGAGCUGCCUGCAGGACAGCACUAACGAGAUCAGAGACUUGGCCUCGGAGCUGCUUGUCCGCUACUUCCCUGCCACAUUCCCCGAGCCUAUUGCCCUGGCUCUCUUCCAGUUGGCCCAGGACACCCUGGGGAGCCCCCGAGUGCAGGAGGCUGAAGCUGGAGCUGUACUGAUGAAGACCAUCCUGCAGAAGUCAGACAGUGGCACAAUGAAGAGCCUGUCCCUGGAGGCUGAGGCAGCUCUGACAGUGCCCAGCCGAGGGCUGUGCUUCGCCCAGCACCUUCUCCACGUGCUACAGGCCCAGUACAAGGUGGCGUGCCAGGACCUGCUGCGGGCAGCAGCCACCACACCAAUGCAUGGAGCCAUCGCAGCCCUGCGCAGGUGCCUGCUCCAGGUGCCGGAGGUGGCCGUCUCCAUGCAGGCAGCAGAGUUGGUGCAGAGCUGGCAGGAGUUCCUCACCUGCCUUGUGACCACAGUGAGAGACAUUACCUCCCUGCUCCUGGGUGCUCUGCAGAGCCAGCAAGGCCCCGGUGCUGAUGAACAAGCUGCUGCCCCAUCAUUUGCAGAGAUGGGGAAUGCCAUUGGCUCCCUCAUCAUGCUGGGGAAGGGCCAGGGGCGAGAGGAAGAGGAGGGUGAUUCAGUCCUGCUGUCAGAGGAGCACAACCUGAUCCUGACGUGCUGCUGGGUGUCAGUGAAGGAGAUUGGGCUGCUCCUGGGGGGCCUGGCUGAGCUGCUGCUAUCCCCAGCACUGUCUGCUGAAUUGGGGCUCCUCCUGCCACUCCCCACCCUGCAGAUAGCCACCAGAGUGUUCCAGGAAAUCCUGCUGCGGUGCCGGCACUGGGGAGCAGUGGAGGGCUGCAGCAUGGGCUUCACCAAAUUCUGUGCUGCUCUGCUGAACCACCCAGAUCCGGAGCUGCAGGCCAUCCCACGGGCUGUGCUGGAGCAGGUACACUACUCAUUGUGCCCCUUGUUUCCCAUGCGCCCCAGGGAGCACCAGGGUUGUUUCUCAGUGUCCCCACUCCCUGAGGCAAGCACCCUCCGGCAGCUGAGAUACUGGUGCAGGGCUAGUGCAGCUGAUGCCCUCCUGGCAGGGCAGUUGCAGAUUCCAAGUGACAAAGCACAGAAUUUCCAGGCACAUUGCAGGUGGAUUUUGUUUCUCUGUCAGGGCUUGGAAGCGCUGAGUGGGCCCCGGAGCAGCUCGAUCACGCGUCGUGCUGCCGGCUUCCCCAUGCUCUUCCUCUGCAUUGUCAGUGGGGAGGCCCCAGUGCAGGCACGGCCACUCCUGACCCACUGCAUCCAGACACUGCUGACCUUGGCCACCACAGCACUGCCACAGGACUGGGACCAGACUCUUGAUCUCCCGCAGGUGUGUGCCCUCCACGUGCUGCAGACGCUGGUCCGUGGGGCAGGGCUGGGCGGGGCAGUGCUGUGCCAUGCCACCCCCAUGAUGGCCCUGGCACUGCAGGGCCUGGGCUCACCUUGCUGGGCCAUGAGGAACGCAGCCAUCCAGCUCUUCAGUGCCCUCACGUCCCGGCUGCUGGGACAGCCAUGGAGCCACAGGGAUGGCUGCCCAUCAGAAGGGCUGAGCCUGCAUGCCUUCCUUGGGCAGCACCCAAAGCUGGGGGCUGUGCUGCUCGGAGAGCUCAAGGUGGCCACAGCACCCACAUCAGGGGGGCCCCGCCUGCACCCUGCACUCCACGCGAUCCUCACCCUCUUGGCCCAGCUGCAGCCUGGCGCUGACAGUCCCAGCAGUCCCUCUGCUCCCUUCCUGGAGCCACUGCUGGGGUUGGCAGAGAGCCCCAUCUAUGCCGUACGAGCGAUGGCUGCCAAGGCUCUGGUGCCUGUUGUCCCCCCUCCCCAGCGCUGCAGGCUGCUCCUGCAGCUGGCCCAGCAGCUCCCUGCAGCACCCGGACAGAUCCGCUCGCACAACACUGUCCAUGGGCACCUGCUGCAGAUGCGGGCACUGCUGGCCUCUGCUACAGGCACUGGGAGGCUGUCAGUCGAGGCGCUGCACCCUGUGGCUCUGCAGCUGGAGGCACGGGGCUGGCUGCUCAGCCCUGCCCAGCGCUGCCCCCUCGUCCGUGCCGUGUUCCUCCAGGUCCUCACCCUCCUGUCCACGUCCUUCAGCCCUGGCUUUGCCCAGUACGUCCAUGACACCAUCAGCACCAAGCUGGGCAGCCUCCCCCAGAGGGGAGAGUCAGGCUGUGCCGAGCCACAGGUGGGCUCAGCCAUCCUCCACCAAACCAUGGCCCACUUCAUGUGCAGCGAGGCAGCCCGGCUGGCAGACAGCAAGCGGAUUGCUGCUGUCUGCUCACUUCUCCAGCAGCCCAACCCUGACAUCCAGCUUGCCAUCCUGAGCUGGGUGAUUGCUGGGGAGGGAGGAACGUGCAAGGAAGUGGAGAAUGCUCUUGGGCUGACGUUGCUGGAGAGCUUGGGGUCGGUGCUGCAAGAGAGAAGGGACAAAGAGUUCCUGAGAUUGUACCUUGAAGCUUUGCUGCAUCUUUACAGAGAUCCUUCAUCGUGGUCCCAGGAAGCUUCCAGUAAGCUCCAGGGCUCCUCAGCAUCAUGCCUGGAGAUGCUGCUGCACAUGGUGGAGGCUGAGUGUCCUGGGCCUGAUCUCCUCUUCCAGGCGCUGUGUGCUGCCAGCCUGCUGCUCGCUCAUCAGUUUGGGGACGAGGAUGGCGCGCAGAUGGAGCGCUGGUGUGCGGCGCUGGAGGAGUGCAGCCGGUCCACUUGGUGCGAGGUGCUGCGGCUGGCGGCUGCCCGCUCCCUGCAGAUGGCAGGGGCUGACGUGGUGCAGCGAUCCCUGCGUGCUGCCUGUCCCUCGCUCGUCCCUGUGGCUCUGCGGCUGAUAAACAUGGCCAUUCACCUUCUGCAAGAUGAGGAGCGGGAGGUCCGGCACGAGGCCUCGGGUUUCGCCAGCCUCCUGCGGCAGAGCCCAGGGGAGCUGCUCCGAGAUGGCUGCAUCUUUGUGCAGGACAAUGUGGGGCUGCAGAGCCUGCUAGAGCUCCUUCUGAGAGAGUUCGGGGAGCACCCUGAGACCUUCAACUCACUACUUCAACACCUCCCCAUUUUAGAUCUCAGGAGUGUCGUGGAGGAGCUAGAGGCCAACAAACCUGCCAGCCUGUACAAGGAGGAUGAACCCAACGUUUUUGCAGAGCCAGCUGUCCUGGCACGGCAGCUGCUCCCUGUCCUGGUGCAGCUCCUGGAGAAGGCUCCCACUGGCAGCCCACUCCAUGCCUCGGCUCUGCAGUGGUUGGAAACCACAGGCCCCAGUGUACUGAGGGACCUGCAGUACUGCAAACACUGCUGGAGCCAAGGGACUGCUGUCCACUGGGGGAUGAAAGCACUGGGCUGUGCCAAGCUCCACACAGCCCUGGCUGUGCUGCUGGUGAGGGCCCAGCUGGUGGCACAAGUGCUACAGGUGCUGGGGGACGGUGCCACCACCAUGCCAGGCCUGGGCUGUGGCACCCAGGAGCUGGAGCAGGAGCUGGAGCUGGUACAGGGGCUGCUGGUGCAGCACGGGCUGGCCCCUGUGCCAAAUCAGGACAAUGCACCAGGAAAGCUGGGACUACUGUGGGGGACUGACAGCUCCAGGCAUGCAGCAGUGUGACAUGAAAUCCUGCAGCCAUCUCCCUCCAUUUCCUGGAUGCUCUCUCUGACCAGCAGCCAGGCCUUCAGGUUUGGUGGUGUAACUCAGGGGAACCCCACUCAGUGCGGGACACACUUCUGUUCCCAGUUUCUAACUCUCCAGCUGAGGACUCCAGUGCAGCAUUGCCUUGGCCACGACUUCCUUGCCCUCAAACUCUGGCUGGCAGGAGGGAGCUUGUGCUCCAGAACUCUCAUACCCUCUCAUGCUCAACUCCCACCACCUGUUUUUUUAACCAGCACUUUGGUCCUUGGCCAACCUGGGCUUUUAUCCCAAAUAAAGAGGCCAGGAA